AUGAAGAACACCGCGGCGCGCACUCAACCUACACGCCGUUAUGAAAACUUUACACUGGAAAACAACUUGCCUUUGUCUAUAGGUGCCAAUUUUCAUGACGAUCCAUUUUGCCGUGAAAACCUCCGCAAAAGUCAUAACCUUUUAUUGCCCAAAAAGGUGGAUUACGCGCCCCAUACCGAGUAUAUUUACAACGGAGGUGGUUUUACCCGAGGAGGGAAGUCAAGGACGGAAUCUGCAGCCGAUGAUGACGAGAGCGAUGAAGACGGUGUAUUCAAUGGAUGGCUUAGUGCGAACUUUGAUGUACCAAACGGUGGGAAAGACUAUGUGGUUCGUUUUUUGGCUUAUUUUUUGGAGGACAUUCCAGAAUCUCCGAUCGAAACAAUCGUUGUGAGAAAGGUAUGUAUUCACUACUAUACACAAGAUAACAGUAUUUCGGUUGUAGAAGCGAGACAAGACAAUAGUGGUAUUGUGCAAUCGAGGAUAUUGUCGCGUCGACAGGUGCCGAAAAAAAUGGAUGACAUCAGUGAACUUAUCACACUUGAUGAUUUUCACAUUGGGGGCUCAAUUGAAAUUUUUCAAAGAAAAUAUUAUCUUUUGGAUAUGGAUGAGCGAAGUCGGCUUUACUACAAAAAAAUACGCGGUCAAGAGGUCCCGGAGGCGGUACCAUGGCCAUGCGAGCUAGACAAGUUUGGAGCCACAAUAGGAGCGCAGCACUACAAAACUACGUGUCGCAUGACAACCUCUGAGGAUAUGGAUAGAAAGCGAGCCAUUGAACAACAACUUACUGGUAUUUACACAAAGCAUCCCACGGAAGAUAUUAUUGCUGCGAAGAAAUUUUUAAAACACAAUAUAAAUGAGCACUUGACGUUUCUUGCAUUGUGGGACGAUCGUGAAAAUCUUAGAGGGGAUUUGCGUUUUUGUGUCAUUCGUAUUUAUUUAGAAAAUGACACAUUUGAAAUUAUGGAAAUAAGACCUGAGAAUUCUGGACGCAUUGGUGGUGUAACACUACUGGGUUGCCAAAGAGUUCCUCGCCCUGGUGUUGACAUGCAAAAAACUCGUUUUCAAGAACACACUUUUGGCGUCAUAAUGAAACGUGACUUCCUUGUGGCUGAUGAUAUGCGAAUUGGCGAAACCUACGUCAUUCAUGGCAAACCAUAUUACGUUUAUGACGCGGACCCUUUUACACGGGAAUACAUGAAAACCAAACUUGGUAUUGAACUUGCUCCCAAAGUGGACAUUACUCCAUUUGUUGAAGUUGAUGCGAAGGGCCCGAUCAAGUUUUAUCCUCCUCCACCGAAUGGAUUUGGUAGUGAACGUGAAAAACGCGCUAACUGGGUUACCUUGACAGCAAAACCUCAACGACCUGAUUUUGCUAAAAUAGAAAAGGAAGAGGGACGUGUCAUGCGUUUCUUGGCAGAACUGGCUAACCCAUUGGUUCGAGGAGAUGAAAAGAGAAAGUUUGUAAUUUCGUUUUAUCGAGAGAAGGAUGAGAUUGAGAUUUUUGAAAAACCCGAAAGAAACUCAGGAUUUAUUGCUGGACGCUUUCUCCGCAGAGGAGUUUAUGAAAAACGGUUGCCUGACGGUUCUACUGUUUCUUAUACUCCUGAAGACUUUGAGGUGGGUAAGGAGAUUAUUGUCUUGGAGCGGCCGUUUAAACUGCUUGCGAUGGAUGACGAAACCAAGAGGAUUUUGGAGGAUAAAGAAGUCGUUACAACAGAAAAUCAAGUGAGGGAUUUACUACUUUUAUUUAAGCAACAGAUACAAUUGAAGUUUCUUCGGGUUCACGAAGCUUAUUGUACGCUCGCACCUGAAGGUGUGCUUGGCUAUCGUCAAGUUCUUGAGUUUUUGCGCUCUUGUAGCUGCAGAAUAACGGAUGAGGAGGCUGUUUUGCUUGUACAGAAUAUUGUUCCUGAUAGUACUGGCGUUAUCUCAUUUGACCAAUUUCUUAAUGUUGUGAAUAUCACUUCUUCGGGACACAUGGAUGAGGCGUCACUCACGGCGCGCUCAGUGAAGAGUGUGAAUAUGACCAAAGAUGAGACAUUCAAAGAGGUUGCCUCAAAGGCUGAACGUGCAAAGCGGAGGAAAAAGUUGGCAGUUGACCUGCGACAGAAGUUGAUACAAAGGAGGGGCACGACACAAGAACAGUUUCGUCUUCUUGGUGAUCAUAGCUCUACAUCACGAUUGAAUCGCGAUGUGUUUCGGCGCUCACUUAAUGAAAUUAUGCAUUACAAUAUGUCAAAAGAAGAUGAGGAUAUGCUGGUGUCUAUUUUAUUUGAUGACCGCGCGGAUGAAAAUGGUGACAUCACAUACAAGCAGUUUCAGGAAUUUACGGACCAAGAUGAUUCUGUAUGA